AUGGUUUCCAAGAUGUGGUCUACAAACACCAGGAUCCGUCUUCCUUAUCCGUUUUUGACUUCAUUCGACCUUGUCUCAUUAGAUUCGCAGAAUCACGAAGUAUUUCAGCUGAGCCAGAAGGAAAGAUUCGCUGGCGAAGCUCCUUUACCUGUUGAACUACACCAUGAUAAUAUUUCAUUCACGAGGCCAAGAGUUUCCAACUCCACUGGUCUUGCUACUGCCAUCACUGCUUCUCGUCAAUGCGGCCCUAGCGAGGGCCCUGUAAGCAUAUGUGCAUGGGAUGAUGAGAGGAUUGUCACUAUCCACCAUAUCUGGCUGGUCCUCUACACAAUUUUUACCAUCGAGCCUGAGCUGGAGAUCUUUCGACUACAACUCAAAGGACCCGGCAGUGAUACCAUAAGCGAAGACUUACGUCUUUCUAUGGUGGCUCUCAAUUCCAAUGGUUGUUCUGUGAUUUUCCGCAGCAGCUUUUGGCAAGGAUGUGCCUCGCCACUAGGAUCCAAUUCUAUGUGGACACCUACCGCAAUCAACGCCGUGCCACAUUUACACUACAUCACCACAUCGACACCAACAAGACGUCGCACUCACCCACUUCGUCCUCCAAGGGCUGCAUUGGGCUCAGUUGUAUACAGUCGAUACAUCCCAAAUUUGGACAAAGUCUUUUCCUUGGUUGUUAUUGACCACCAAAACCCGACACAUGUUGGAUUCUUCCGCCAGUCAAGAAAAACAUCUUCUCAAGUCCCCUUUUCAGGGAUUCCACAGGACUCCCUGGAGGAAGACAAUGAAUACCUCCGCACACAGAGCGAUGAUGCACAUACGGUCGGUCUACUGGGCCAGUUUGAUGGGACGUUAUUUGGUUACUUUGAGGUUUUCUGGGCCAAAGAGGAUCCUCUAGGUAUAGCCAGUGACGCGGGUGAUUUUGAUCGUGGACUGAACGCCUCAGUUGGAUAUUCUUCCUUUAGGUGUCGACGCUGGUUACAAGCCUGUUGGUCGAGCUUACUCCACUAUGUUUUCCUUGAUGAGCAUCGGACGGAGAAUAUUAUCGGUGAUGGAGUAUGGGGCCAUGAGCUACUUGGGGAUGCUUCAUUUGAGCUGCUGGAGGAGGAGGUGGUGGAUUUUCCGCAUGAGCGAGUACAUCUUACGAGAUAUUCGCGUGAAUUAUUCUUUUCGCUCUGCCCAUUCGACGGAGUUCUAGAACACUUGGCUUUCCGACCGCCGUCUCAUUUAUAA